CAUUCAUAAAUGUAAAGAAUGAGUUACAGUUAAAUCAAACAAUGAUAUUAAUAAAUUAAAUUAUUUUGUCUGAUAUAAUAUAUCAAACAUUCAACAAACGAUAACUUUUAGUAAAUGGCUUUAAUGUUCAAAAAUGCAAACGAGUUUUGCGAUGUGGUUUCAGUAGCGGCAUUUUGUCCUUUCGAUUCGACGCUUUUAUUAAUAGUAGAAAAUGUGGAGCAUUGGUUACCAGGAGCUAAAGUAUCUCAAGGUCAAGCUUGGGAGAAAGUUAUACGAAAAGAAAUAAAUGAGAUAUUUGGACAAUUACCUAAUGCCGAAAUAAAAAUUUUGAGAAUUUCGAAAUUAUUGAUAUCCAGACACACGUGUCCUUAUUUACUCCAUAUUGUUUUCCAAAUAUUUGUAGAUACACCGACUAAAAAUAAAGCCAAAAAUACUAUUGGAAAGUACCGAGGAAAAUGUCGUUGGGUAGGUUUACCGGAUAUAUCGAAAUUAAUGCAAACUCAUACUCUCCGAAGUCCCGAAUUAGUCGAACUGCUUUGUAUUAUAAAGAAGGAGCAAUUACCCAAUUAUUACAAUGCACCAGAAGAUAUAACGUUCAACGAAACUCUAUUGGAAACUAACGACGAUAUUUUCGUUAUCGGGAAAAAUAAUACUUAUGCGCAAUUGGUCGAUGCUUCAGGUAUUGACCGGUUAGGUCAAGAGUUAAUAUUGAAAGAAUUUCUAUUGAUGACUUUCCCAGCGGCUUACUUGAACAUAAGGCAGUUUUCUAAGGUAAUGACGGACUUGGGAUGGGAAAAAGGCGCAACUCCAAGCUUAUUUCGGGCUGCCGAUUAUAACAAUAGAUAUGGAAUAACUUUUAAAGAAUAUAUUUAUUUUUUGGCCGCUAUAGAUCCUAGUACAGCUCAUGGGGGCCCCGCCGCAGAGAUAAGAAGCCGAUAUAUGUUCAGAUAUUAUGAUAAAGAUAAUGACAAACUACUUAGAGCGGAUGAUUUUAAAGGUUUAAUAACAGAUUUGAGGAAAGCUAAAAAGAGUCCAGUUGAUCCUGCUAGUGUUGUUAAGGAAGCCUCGGAAACAUACAAAUCGAUGGGCAUGGUAGAUGGGAAUCCCGUCAACGAAACCGAUUUUCUAAAAGCCAUCUGUGAAUUGAAAAUUCGUGGAACGUCUACCAUUUUUCGAUCAAAUAUAGGAAUACUCAAAUGUUUACAAAAAUCCGGCGAUGGUGGCGGACCUGUCAUCCCUAAAACCUCACAAUCGGUAAUGGCAGGAGGACAAGCUGCUCAAGAAAAUACAAGAGGAAAGAUCUCAACAGCAGCUCCAGCUGCACUUAAAAUUGAUACUGAUUAUGAAGUAGCUCUCCACGCUGUAAAAAUCCAAAGGAGUGGACAAGCACUUAAUAUUGACGAAAUGCGAUUGAUUCAAGACGCCGUAUCUGCGACAACUCUGAAACAACCACUCAACGAACAAGCUAGGAGAUUGUCGAUGGACAUAUUCAGCCAACGUUCAGUUUCGAAUGAAUUGUUGAAAUCGCUUAGAUAUUUAACCAGCAUCAAUAAAAUAAAAGAAGCUGCUUCGGUGUAUACUUGGGGUCAAUUAGAUUCGGCUACAGUAGGAAAAAAUUUGAUUAGCAUAUGUAACCAAGUCAGGGAAAUAUUCCGGAGUGAAUCGAGAUUGUUGAAUUUACGAUCCCCUGUAUAUAUAAUGGGAGAUCUUCAUGGCAACGUCAACGAUUUACUUUAUUUUGAAAAAGUUUUAUGGCACAUCGGUCCCGGAUUAACGCCUUGUAAUUUGUUGUUUUUGGGAGAUUAUGUCGAUAGAGGACCUUAUAGUAUCGAGGUGAUUGCAUAUUUAUUCUCGUACAAGCUUCAGAGUCCAAAUAAAGUAAAUUUGUUAAGAGGGAAUCACGAAAUACGCGAAGUUCAAAAAAUGUUCACAUUUUACAAAGAAUGUUGCCUCAAAUUCGGCGAGAAAAUGGGACACGAAGUCUGGUCGGCUACGAAUAAUGCUUUCGAUACAAUGCCCAUUGCCGCCGUCAUAGAUGGCAAGAUUUUCUGUUGCCAUGGUGGUGUACCUCCGCCGUGGUUGUGUCCAGUUAUAUCUGCUAUUAACGAUAUACCGGUUCCUCUUAACCAACCAGAUGCGCAAAGUUCAUUAGCUUGGGAGAUGAUGUGGAAUGAUCCUGUUAAACCAAAAACGAUAAACGACAAAUUAGCUAUGGAGCUGUUAGCCAAUGAAGGAUUUGCUGUGAAUACAAGAAGAGGUACCGCGCAUAUCUUCAGCGUCGAAGCCUUGGAAAGAUUUUUGAAAGCCAAUCAAUUAACUCAUUUAGUUCGGGCGCACGAAGUUGCUCAAGCCGGUUUCCAGGUUCAGCAAAAAGGGAAGUUGGUAACGGUUUUCUCUUCUUCAAAAUAUUGUGGAGGAAAAAACGACGCGGCUUGCAUAAUGGCAGAUGGAGGAAAGCUCAGAAUCCUCAGAUUAGAAACAACUUGAUCAAUACGAUCAGAAACAGUUGAAAUAUAACUGAACUCAUUUUUAUAUCUAAAUUCUUCAAUAAAGCAGUUUGUAAUGAUUAA